AAGACUUACUAAACUCCAUAACAACAUUGCGAAGGAAGCUGAGCAGAAGAAAAAUCAAUUAGAAACGUCUAAUGAACCAACAGGUGGAGCCACAAGCGUAACACAGAGUUCUGAAGGAAGCCAGCAAUAGAUGCAGGCUGAACAGUAACAAAUCAGGUAACCAGCGAUCUCUCGCCCCCCGCGUCGCUACGAUGGCACAGUCACGCCGCACCAGACUGCUACGAGUACCUGAGGUACGAUUCAACUUCUCUCCCAAAGACGUGCGCAAAGCCCGCCGCGACGACGACGACGACGUAACCACGGAAACCGCGGCAGACGACAGCGCGGCGGCGAGCAACGCGUCGGAGUCGAGCUCGGAGCACGACGACGUUGCCGCGGCGACGGGCAAGCCUAGCAAUGAGGCGACACCGUCGGAGUCGCGGCGAAUGCGGCGCCUGCACUCUAGUGCCGUCUACGACGCGCUGCGGCCAACGCACCCACGCCUCGCCUCCUAUUGGAUGGCGCUGCGGCCGUGGUCGUUCAGCGCGUCUCUCGCGCCUGUCGCCCUCGGCACCGCGCUCGCGUACAAGUCCGGCGGCGGCGACGCGGCAGCGUUCCACGCGGGGGCGCUGAUCGCGACGCUCUUCACCGUGCUGUCGGUGCACGGCGCGGGCAACCUCGUCAACUCGUUCUUCGACUACCACCGCGGCAUCGACAGCGCGCGGGCGGACGACCGCACCCUCGUCGACGCGAUCCUCACCACCGAGGAGGUGAUCAACUUUGGCGCACUUCUGUACUUUCUCGGCUGCGUCGGGUUCGUCGCGAUCGACUGGCUGUCGCCCGCGCGCAUGGAGCAUCUUGCGCUGAUCUACUUCGGCGGGCUGUCCAGCUCGUUCCUUUACACGGGCGGCUUCGGCCUGAAGUACAUCGCUCUCGGCGACGUCGUCAUCGUCGUCACGUUCGGACCCGUCUGCGUGCUGUUUGCGUUCAUCGCGCAGGCGGGCCGGCUGUCGCUGCUGCCGCUCGCGUACGCGAUCCCGCUCGCGCUCAACACGGAGGCGAUUCUGCACGCUAACAACGCGCGCGACGCCGCGACGGACGCGCGCGCCGGCAUCGUCACGUUGCCGAUCCUGCUCGGCGCGACCGCGGCGUACGCGCUCUUCGUGCUGCUGCUGUUCGCGCCGUACAUGAUGCUGACGGUGGCGGCGCUGCACUGCGGCGCGGCGUGGCUGCUGCUGCCGCUGCUCACGCUGCCUGUAGCGUUCCGCAUGGAGCGGCAGUACAGGGGUCGCGACCUGCGACGGCUGCCGACGCGGCUCGCGAAGAUGAAUCUCGCGUUCGGCAUGCUGUAUAGCGUCGGAUGUUUGAUGACGCCCACCAAUCAGCUGCCUGGAUUCGCAUGAACACUGUGUGGAGCCAUCCUGGUAUGAUGUCUGUAUCGAGCCAUCACCAGAUGAACUGAUGAAGAUUGUAUUAAGCUAUGCCUAGAUAAACCCUGUAUGAAACCGUAUAUGGGUGAACCCUGUAUGGACCCAUCGUUGGGCAUCUGCAAGUUUAUUUUUAAUGACGGACUAUAACUGGCUGCAAUUACCUAAAACCAGCGAAAGUUGGUUACAGCUCAGUACUGAUGGCGAAAGGCAGUGGACUGGUGCGUGUCUGUGUGCAUUGUUUUUCGUUUGCAUCACGUAAUGGUAUUCUGUGUUUGUGAAGCAAUGUAAGAAUUACGUGCCACAUGCGCAUGAUGGUGGGAUAAUUAUCUGUGAGACUGUGAGUGCAUGCUGCAAAGUAUUUGGUCAUCCCCUCACGUAGUCGUGCUGCAAGACUCAUAAGAUGUACUCUUAAAUGUCUACAGAGAUGGAAUUAAGAUCUUGUGAGUUGUAAGAAGUAGGACGAGAGGAAGUGGUAUAUCCCCCCGGGUGCAAUGAUUACUUCCUGUUGACACUAUGGUCUGGUUAUGCGCACGGAAUUUACGUGCUCGUGUAGCGUAGGAACAGUUCUAGUAAAGAUUUAUUUACGUGUCGCUUGGAAUGUGCAGUUGUGAUAGACCCGAUUUAAAAAAAAAACAGUUUUGCCCACAUGGUUUAUGGAAUUUUGUUGCAUACUUAUGAAUACAUCUGUAAAACUGAUGGCAGACCUAUUAUUUUUUAAAUGAUGUCAAUAGGUGUGCGACCUUGUAACAUAUUACUUGAUGUACUUAUAUAAUAUUUUAUGGAUAUGUUGAAAUGCUGACAGAAUGCAAGAAUACCCUCUACUGCAAUUGUCUGAUAGUUAUAGGCAUUAGUGUGCUAGGAACAGCCUGGGGUUAAUCCGAGUGUGGGGACCGCAGCACUGUGCCAUUUAAAGUGCGUAAUCGUAUCAGACCUUCUGUUAUAUUGCUCCUAAUUGGCCCUUGAGAGGGUAAAGCUAGAAGACUGCAAGACACGAUCGUUCUAAUGAGGCACCUAUAUUAUACAGGAAUGUGUCGCCAACGAUGUAGUAAACAAUCGUCUUUAAAUACAUUUUUGCAUGAUUUUGUGCUGGCUUCUUUUCGGAGUGUCCGAGAAUGUUUAGAGGAAUAAAUGAAUAUGUAUGUAUUAUACA